CUCCAAUUGAGUACCGGUCGAAGCUCGGGGCUAUCGGGGCUGACGGGCGUAUUCAGCCCUUCCGAUAGGCUCCUGCAGAGUAAAACAGCUUCAGCACGCUCAGGCUAGCGCCAACGCCAGCGCUCUGGUCUCCUCAGUAUUUUCUCCCCGAAAACGAGUGGCUGUGCGCGAGACGGCAGAGAGGUGCUGUGGCUCACGGGGGUAGCAGUGACAAAGUACCCGUCAUAGAGCACAGAAAAUCCGGCAAAGCGAUCGGUGGUCAAAUCUGAGCUCAGAUAGGGAUACGAAUUGACGCUAAGCGGUGGCCGAUCGAUCGCCGUUGCCUUGCUUUUUUUGAGUUGUCCUCUAGAGGGUCGGCACUGUGGCGCCAUCGAACGGACUCGCCGUGCAAAGAAAAACCGUGCCAUCGAGGCCCGACAGACCAUCCUGGCCAAACGGCGGGCCCAGUGGGUGCGGCGAUUCCAUGGCUCAAGGUCGAACGAGACUUUUCUCGGCGUCCCAACUACGAUCGCCUUGGGACCCAUGGAUCCGCUCUCGCAAGCUUCUGCGAGUCUGCCCUCGUCCUGACAGCUUGCUGUUGCCCCCCUCCAAAAAAGUCAAAUCGGGGAACGGCUCUCCAGGGUACUGAACCACUCAGGGAACGCUUGGGACGGCUCCGGGCGCUAUUAUUAUUUAAUAUCCUUCCCCUCCUCCUCCUCAUCCUCACGGUAUUCCACACCCUCUCCACCUGCACUGGCAUUAUAUCAUAAUCCUAGUUCAGAUCGACACUCAAACCACCUCCUUGGGCCGAGCAAUCACUUACAUCCUUACCCACUUUUCUUAUUCCUUAUCCGAGAUGGCCUCGCCAGAUCUCGAUCAGGAUAUCUCUCCUGUACCCCGGUCUCGGGAGGAGAAUCAGGAGAGGGCUUUUAUUGCUGCCUCGCGGCGCAAGGACCGUAGCUUAGAUGCACGCUUGGAAUCAGCUAACCGGGCAUCGAUGCUGCACAAGAAGCGCACCGGCAAGGCGUUCCACAUCACCAAGGAGAUUGUCGAGAAAGAAGCCAUGUACGAAGAAGUUGACGAGCGCUAUCAAGAAAAGCGCAUCCGUAUGCUGCAAGCACAGAACAUGCAGAUUGAAGAGCAAUUCCAUCGUCACCUCCUGGCUGCCUUUGCUGCCCGGGCCAACUCCAACUCCGCGGCCUCUUCUAUUGCUAGCCGUAGGGCAAGCCUGACACCGCGUGCUUCCGUUGAGGGAGGCUCAUCACGGAAGAUGAGCUUAGAUCUGUCGAAUCUGCGUUCUCCAUUCCCACAGGGCAUGAACUCCAACUCAAUGACUAGCCCCGCGACUACCGGAGAAGGCUACUUGAUGUCGCCAACGACGACAUUCGACCCGAACGCCCAGUCAUACAUGAACUGCAUGGAUGGCUCUAGUGGCUAUCCAUCUCACAUGGUCACUGCGGCGUCCUCCGCGGGACAGAUCCCAGCCUACGUUGUUCAAGCACAGACACCUGCUCCUACCUGGAACCAUAUAGGCUGGACGCAUAUGCAACAGCAGGUCCCUACUCCUAACCAGACACCAACCGACUCCCAGGCCGUGCGUAUGUGGCAGCAGCAAACGAUGCAGCAAGCUCAGAUGCCCACCGAUACUGCGGCUGCCAUUCAGAUGCGACAGUUCAGAGAUCGCAUGGCCUCCGCACCCGAAUUGCCAGUGCAGCACCUGGCACAGCACGUUGCCCCGGCCGCGUCCAUAUCCGGUCCUAGCGGCGGUCCCGGCCACUCCCGAGGCCAUUCCCAGCCUAGCAACAACUUCCACAACCUACAUCUUCUCACUCAAGGUACACAUCUGUCCCAGAUGGCUCCCUCGAAUACCAGCUCGCCCAAGAUUGAGUCUUACUCUGCGGAGACUCAGUCUACACCUGAAUUUUGCCCCACUCCCAACACCCCUCUGUCACCUACCGCUCUGGGCACUGGCCAGGGUGGGGCUGUGGCAAAGCUAGAGGGUGAUGGCGGCGAUGGCGUUAUGGUUUCCCAUGAGGAGCUGGACCCUGAUUUUAAUGAGUUCAGCCAAUUUGCUUUGGGCUUGGGUAAUACUUCCCUACCGGAGCGAGAGCCCUUUGGCUUCGACGAGUUCGUAGCCCUAGAUGAUUUUGGCACGGUCUCCUGCUAAAGUACCUUCCCCGACCUACUUUCCUUUCUCAUACUUGUCUUUUUUUCUUUGGCCCAUAUUCUGCCUUUCAUCCUUGAGGGGCUAUUUACAUGAUUCCCCAAUCCUUUUGAUGUAUAUGACGGUGUUUGGCUUGUACAUUUGCUCCGUGUACCAUACCGAUUUUUCCUUUUUCCUCCGUGUGUUUUUCUAUCAUUUUCCAUUAUCUUUCUCCGAUCUACCAUCACUAUCUACUUUUCUCUUUCUUCUGCCACCAUGAUGAGAAAUGCGUUUGGGUGGUUCAAAGCCAGGCGUUAACUUUCGCGGGAUUCGGAAAUUGGCUCCUUUGGAUUUGAAACUGGGAUGAGGGGUUAAGGGAGGGGGAAAAAAAACUUGUGCAGUCCAGUUCAACCCAGCUCUCGAAACUUACAGCUAUUUCCAAGGAUAGGCUGGAUCCACGUUGCUACUUGCUUAUUUUCUCCCAUACUACUUACUGUCAUGAGAAAUGAGAUUUCAAUCUGAAUCUAUACCUUUUUGACGAAUGUGCGGUGCUUUUUUUCCUUCCUUUCUUCGCCGUGUUUCUCUAUUUGCGCACCAGAUGUACACGCCCAAGGGUUCAUCCCCAGGUACUGCUAUGUACAGUUGCAUUCGCCGCAAACAAUCAAUCGAGUACCAUUUUCCGGCGAAUUCUACAUCUUCCAAAUCGCUCAAAGUGCCGUACUCUCCACUACGAGC